AUGCCUCAUAAUAAGGGUGGGCCAUGUGUUAGAAGUGAUAUUUUAGCAUCAACAGCUUGGAAUGCUCUUAUUCAUCAUCCAGUUGAAGAUUCUGAUGCUGAAGAAUUGCCAAGCACAGUUGAUAUAGAUGCCAUUAAAGGUGCUCCUAUAACAGGUCAUACAGGGCAUUGGAAUUCUUUAAAUAGUAAUAUUACUAAAAGUAAUGUCGAAGAAAAAAAUGAAUCUGAUUCUGAUGAUGAUAAGAAAAUUAGUGAUUCAAAUUCAAGAUCUUCAAGUGACAGUCAAUCAGAGGAUUCAGAAAGUGGUUCCUGCAGUUGGUCCAGCAGUUCUGAAUCUAGUUCGAGAUCUAGUUCAUGCUCUUCUCAAUCUGCUGUACAAAGUAGAAUUUCAUCACCACCUAGUCAAACAUUUUCAAUCAGAGAAUCAAAUUUUGAGCAAUCAUCGAGUCGAAGUCAAACGGGUACAGAGAGUGAUAGUUGCUCAUCAAUGAAACACGAAAAAUUUAAGCUAGGUCAGCUAUAUAUGGAUGAAAAAGAGAAAAUGAAGAAACCUACAAAAGUGAAAAGUCGGCUGAGGUUUUCAGGGAUAAAUGAUGCAAAAAAAAAGUUACAUGUUGAUCAAGGAGUUGAUAAUAAAUCACUGAAAGAAACUUCAAUGUCAAGUUUAAAGUUAACGACAUCAGUUACCCAAAUAUCUAGUACUAAGAAAAUUAACAAAAACGGGGAAUCUAAAUCUAGUGUUAAUGUAAAAUCUAAAAAUGAUAAUUUAAAAACGUUUAAUUGUAAUAAAACAGAAGAAACAUCGAAAAGUAUUUCUAUGUGCGAAGGUCCAAUUAUUGUUGGCAAUAAAUUAAAUGAUUCAAAAUCUUUAAGCAAAAAAUUUAAUGGUAAAUCAAUAAUAAACAAAAAAUUGGAUUCGAGUACUAUUAAACGUGAUUUGGACAUUAAUAAAUGCUGCUCAAUAGUCAUGCCAUCAAAUAAAAAACUAUCGGAAGCCAGUAAACUUAGAUGUGUUAGAAAAAAUACAGGAUCUCAGUAUAACAAACCACAAUCCGCUAUUAAACCAGAAGCUUAUUCAGAAUCGUCAGAAAGUGAAAACGAUUGUUCAAAAGAUGAAGCAGCUCACUAUACUGCAUUGGCUCAGCAAUUAAGCCAUAUUGGAAAUUCCGAAACUCUUUCUUCUAUGUCUGAACACUUACAGGUAAUUAAUCAGGAAGAUCUGGCUGCUAUUUUACCAGACGUAGUGACAGCUGAAAACCAUGGAAGUUUUGAUGGUUUUGAAGACGUUUCUUUAGAGUGUGGUAAAAAUGAAAAGAAAAAUGUAAAUCAAGACAGUGGAAGUGAUGUUGAACUUCCUGAUCAAAUUGUUAAUGAUGCCAUUAAAAGGAUUCAUAUAGACAGUGAAGAAAUGGAAAACAGUGAAAGUGAAAAAGGUAAUCAAAGUUCAUCAGACGAAGAUGUGGAAUUUCGAAGAGGAUAUUCAUCGUCCCUUUUGCAACAGUUUGUUGAAAAAACUGAAAUACUCUCAGCUCAGUGUGAAAGAUUAAUUAAUGUUAGUCGAUCAAGGAAAAUAGCAUCUCAAAACAGUUUAUUAAUGGAAAAUAUUUUGGAAAGACGUAUAAAACGAGGAAGACCACCUAAAAUUGUCAAAAAUUCAACGUCAAAUAAUGUAGAAAGUGCACAAGUAGUGUUAGGUAGUGUCGAUAGGACAAAUAAUAAAUUGAUGCCCGAGUUGGAGGCUUAUCGAUUGGAUAGCUCUCUCAGCAAUGUUUCUCCUGAUAGUGGAAUACAAAGCGUACCUGGUUCUCCAGUUAAUGAAAACAUUCAUGUAAGCCCUUGUCGCGAUGUGACACCCCCCAUUCUGAGACCAGUCACUCCUGUUACAGGAAUUCCAAAUAAAUUAUCUUAUCUAACUAAGAAGUCUGACAUCUCUAAAAAACGACCCGGAAGACCGAAAAAAAUAAAACUUGAAGUUUUCAGAAAUUUAUUGCAAAAUAAUAAUCAAAGCGAAACUAAAAAAGAUAAAAACGUUAAAAGUGAAGAUCGACCACCUAUUCAUAGUUUGAUUCCAGAAAGAAGAGGUCCAGGAAGGCCUAAAAAAGCACCACCUAUUUUAGAACCCAACAUUCCUAUGGUGUGCAGAAAUGAAUUAUGCAAAAAAGAAACAAGGAAUAACAUAAACAUUGUAUUAAAUGAAAUUUGCGAAAGAGUUAGUCGUCAGUUAGAUUUUCCUUCUUUAUCGAAGGAAUCCAUGCGUAAUGUCGAGUUAAAUAAAGAAGAUAUUGAACGCAUUUUACUUCAUCACAAAUCUAAGAAAAGUAGAAAUUUGAAAUUUGAUGCCAUUUUUUCAAAGUCAAUGAGAUUGUCAAAUCCUCCUAACGUUGCUAUAGUUAAACCUAUGCAACACCACCGAGUAGAAGAUAAUAACGUAGAAAAUGACAAAUUAAAUAAAAAAUCCGGGAAAAAAUGUAAAAAUGGUAAUCUAGAUGAAAAUACGUGGUAUAGUGUAAAACUAGCCUGUGAAAAAUUAAAUAUUGCUGAAAAGGAAAAAGACUUUACAGAUAAAAAAAGCAGAUCUUUUAUGGAUGAAAAAUUGAAUAAGGGAAAUAAAUGUAAAAAAAAAACGGAAGGUAAAAGUAAAACAAAAGAUUUAGGGCAUAAAUCUGUGGGUUUUGUUUCUACACCUAGAACAUUUCCAACGUAUAAAACUUUGUCAACAAACGAUCAACUUUCUAAAUAUUUUGAAAAAGCAAAACCGAAUUUGCAAAAAAAAAUUCAUAGCUUAAAAAAACCACGGAAAAAUCUUAAAAAAAGCAUAAAAAGGAAAAAUGGUAAAACGAUUCAUAAUUUACUACAUCGUAAACACAAAAAAUGUAAAAGGAGUAUGAAACAUUUAAAAUGUAAACAAAAAAAAUUAGAUAAUGAAUGGUUUUUUAAAGAACUAGAAGAACUCAUUACAGAAUUUCAAAAAUUUUCCAUUGGAAUCGUCAAAAAAUCUAUUUCUUUAGUGACGGGAAAUAAUUUGUGUACAAUGCAAACUGUCAAUUCUGUGCAAAACGAAAUGGGAUUACCAGCUGAUUUUCGGGUAAAAAGAGCCGUCAAAAAAAGAAAAGGAAGUGAGAAAUCUCGCGGAAGUGAUAGAGAGUCUGGAGCGGAAAAAUCUAAAUUAAGUGAUAGAGAAUCAGGGCCUGAAUUGCCUGAAAAUGAAGUAUUAAGGGAGAAGCCCAAAAGAAAGCAGAAAAAAAAUCACGUCGAAGUUAUAAACCAAGGAGCAGAUACUAAUUCUAAUGAACAACGUUUACCUUUGAAAAAACGACAUUAUCAUUUAACUUCUGCUUCAAAUCAGCAAUUACUACCAUCUUGGACUAGUGACAGUACGCAAUCAAUAGUCAAAUCUAUAAAUGCUGACAAGCCAAUUAAUAAAGAAGUUAACAGUCAUUUAAAGAAAGAAGCUGUGGAAAAAAUUAAAUGUGCGGAUAGUCAAAAAAUACAAAGGAAUUCUAUAGACGAAGCUAUUGAAGCAACAAUCACUAGAUACACUACAAAAUCGUGUAACGUCUCACCGGAAACUAAUUCCGAUUCUAAUAGCACUCAAUCACAAUUUAACAAUCAGCAAUGUGUUAUUACAACGCCUAAGAAGAGGCACAGAGUGCCUGAUUUGGUUGCAAAGACUGUUUUUCAAAGUAACAUUUGUAAAAAUAAUAAUGAUGUUAAAUCUAUAUUAAAAAAUUCAGAUAUUAAUGUCAAGACUAUGCUAUCGCUACGUCACGGAGCUGGCAAUUACACAAAAGUAGAACCGUCGUGCGUUCAAAAUUUAAUCAAAACAAGUAAUUUUAUUAAAGAAACUAAUAAUAAAUUAUUUCUUCCGAUCGAAUCUAAAAAGAAAACAGGGAUCAAAAACAUCAGUAAAGAUAUUAAGGGAGAUAAAUAUGUAACAGGUAGUACUAAAGGAGAUAUUGAAAAAUCGGAUAAUGAUGAAAUUUUUACUAGAAACAACGAUAAAAUUAAAAAAUAUGGGCUGAAAAAUUCUGAACAUUCUGAACAUCUUCAUUUUUCGAAAACCAGUGAGGAAAGACUCAAAAAAUAUGAGUUUAAAAAUGUUCUCUUCGAGAAAACUUUGUCCAAAACAAGUCAAAAACAACAUUAUACGAGGUCAAGUUCUAAAACCGACAUGACACCUUCUGAUCAAACGCAAUCAAAUAAUAGUAAAGAAGUACAUUUAUGUAAAUUCAACGGGUCCAAAGAAUCAAAUGAGAAUGACCACGAUGAUGAUAAAAUUUCUGAAAAGCUUCCGGAAAUUGAAAUAUUCGAUUCGUCUCUCGAUGCAAAAUAUGAUGGUAAAACAUUAUCACCUACGGUGAAUUUACAAAAUGAGAAUGAUAAAAAUUCUUCAAAUUUAAAAAAAUAUCGAGAUGGUAGAAUUUUACAAUCAGUUGAAGAAAAACGAAAAGACAAAAGUCACAAAAAACUUUUCACGCAAAAAAAAGGAAUCAGAAAAAGUAAUUACUUUAAAAAACCCAGGUGUUUGAAAAGUUGUAAGGAAGUCAGAGUUAAUGUGAAGGAAUCGACUCCAAAAGAUAUAUUAAUUACAAAAGGGGUUGUAGAAAAAAAAAAAGUUAAACGUAGAAAAGCUAUAAACAGAACGGGUUUCCCAAGUAAUAAAAAAAAGAAGAAAAAAAUGUCUAUAAAAUUAGACGAAAUUGAGGAUAAGACUGCCUCGGAAAUGACAAAGUUUUCAAAUCCCGACGGUUCUGCCACAAAAUUACAGGAAUGUGAAACUGAUAAAUUUUCAGAGGAUUCAAACAAUAAAAAAAAUAAUUUGAAUCUAUCAACAAAUACUACCGAUUUAAAUAAGUCUUUAGACUGUCCUACCAAUGAAUCCGUGAAAACCGAUGAUGAUGAAAAUAAUUUAGAAAAUAAUAGAGGAAAUCAAAUUUCAUUGGAAGAAACAACCGUACAAGAUUCCAUUACCGAAGAACGUGAAUCUAAAGUCGAAGGGAAAGUAUCCGAAUCGAGCGGUACAAAAAGAGUGAGAAAAAAUAGUAGUUCGCUAUCAGAUUUAGUUGCUAAAAAAGUGAAAACGAUUAAAACAGAAAAUGAAGAACCUAAAGUUAAAAACAACGCUGACCUUCAUAAAGGAAUCGAAACAACAACGGGAACAAUUUCGACAAGAAAAAGGAAAAGUUUGAAUACGACAAAAAAUAUUAAUUUUGGUUUGAACAGGUAUCAAUAUCCACUUUUAUCAAUGAAGAAAUUUAAAAGAGCUAAAGAAGAAUUAAGAGCACAAAGCGAAGAAAGUAUUUGCGAUUCUGUCGAAGAAGAAGUUUCUAAAAUAAAAAAAUCACAUCCGAGAUGGCGAAAAAAAUAUUUAGCUGCUGGCUUAUUUUCUGAUUUUUACAAACAGGAUCCACCUCAAAAAGUGAAUAAAGUAAAUGAAAAAUCUUUGUCUAAGCUAGUGUACCUUCUUGCUGAUCAAGAAUUAGACUUAUUACCCCCACCAUCUUAUUGUAAUAAGUAUGUCAGACUUAGAAGAGUGGAUUAUCAACUCCCUUUCGAUCUGUGGUGGCUUCAUACACAUUCUCAGCUUCCAGGCCGGGAUAUUGUUCCAAGUUGGAAUUACAAAAAAAUUAGAACCAAUAUUUAUUAUGACGUCAAACCGCAAAUGACGGGUACUUAUGAAGCUCAAGCUUGCAAUUGUACAGUACCUCUUAAUACAAAGCAAAAAGGUUGCGGCGAAGAAUGUAUAAAUCGAAUGGUUUUUGCCGAAUGUUCACCACAAUUAUGCCCUUGCAAAGAAAAAUGUUCAAAUCAAAGAAUACAAAAGCACGAAUUCGCUCCGGGUUUGCAAAAAUUCAUGACUAAAAACAAGGGUUGGGGCAUAAGAACCAAGCAACCAAUCAAGGCGGGUGAUUUUAUUCUUGAAUAUGUGGGUGAAGUAGUUUCAGAUAAGGAAUUUAAAGACCGUAUGGCAAGCAUUUAUGUAAAUGACAAACAUCACUAUUGUUUACAUUUGGAUGGAGGAUUGGUGAUUGAUGGACAUCGAAUGGGAGGCGAUGGUCGAUUCGUCAAUCAUUCUUGCAAUCCUAAUUGUGAAAUGCAAAAGUGGUCCGUAAACGGUUUAUUCAGAAUGGCUCUUUUUGCUCUUCGAAAUAUUCCAGCCCAUCAAGAGCUUACUUAUGAUUAUAAUUUUUCUUUGUUCAAUCCUGCCGAGGGUCAACCUUGUUAUUGUGGGACCAACGAGUGCAGAGGAGUUAUAGGGGGGAAAUCUCAAAGGAUUCCAUUAGGAAAUGGACAAAAUGUCGUCACGUCUGAAAAAAAAGAGAAAAAAAUGGUUGGCAGACCAAGGAAAACAGGCAAAGCAAAGAAACACAACGUUCGAGACAAGAAUAAAAUAGAAACUGUUACAGUUAAGCCAUCAACUAAACCAAUGUCUCAUCAACAAAGAUGUUUUGUACAAAUGCAUCAUUGUUUUUUGCUUAGGAAUGUUGAUAAGGUAAAAAGAAAUAAAAAUAAUUCCAAGUGGAAUUGGAAGCAGUCAAAUAACGAAGUUCAAAGUUUUUCGCGUCAAUUACCCGAAAUAAAGCAAUCCGAUGUGUUUUAUACUCAGUUAAACGCAUUAUCCACAUUACGUUCAAUUAAAACACGUAGAUUAGCUCAAGCAGAAGAUAAUCCAGAGUUGACAAAAGUGGCAAAGUUAGCCUACAUCUUCAAAGACUUGUACAGUGCUGUUAUUUCGGCAAAAGAUGAAAAAGGAGAAUUGUUAUCGGCCCCCUUUACUAAUCUCCCUCCCAAAAGAAAACUUCCUGCUUACUACCAAAGGGUAUCCGAUCCUAUAGAUUUAAUUACGAUUGAACAAAAUAUAAAUACAGGAAACUACAAAACAAUCGAAGCAUUUGAUCAAGAUAUGACAAAACUCUUCAAUAAUAAUGUUAAAUUUUACGGCAGGACUUCAGAAUUAGGUAUUGCCAGCACCAGGUUACGAAGAGUGUAUUGUUUGGCGAAAUAUGAUUCCGCAAGUGAAUUAGAAAAAGUUUUGGGUGAUGCCAUUCCGUCAUCUUUCAUUCCAGAAAACGCUAACCCUGGUGACGAAGAAGAAGACGUCAUACGAUGUAUUUGUGGACUGUACAAAGAUGAAGGAGUAAUGAUUCAAUGUGAAAGAUGUUUAGUGUGGCAACAUUGUGAUUGUGUAAAAGCCGAUGACUCUGUUGAACAUUAUCUGUGUGAAAGAUGUGAUCCUAGGGAAGUUAAUUUGGAAAUUUUGAUCGAUCCUCAGCCCGAAUAUGCCACAGAAGAUACAACUCAUUACAUAAGUCUUUUAAGAGGUGAUCUUCAACUAAGAAUCGGCGAUGCCGUUUACGUUUUAAGAGACAUGAUCGAGGAAAAUACACCGAAAACUUCUCCGCCUACAAAAGUGACGUAUAAAACGAUACAAAAUGUAAAUUAUGCGGAUUUAGAUAUUUUCAGAAUAGAAAGGCUUUGGAUAGAUAAAAAGGGUGACAAAUUUGCAUUUGGACAUCAUUAUUUGAGACCUCACGAAACAUAUCAUGAACCUACAAGAAAAUUUUUUCACAAUGAAGUAAUGCGGGUGCCUUUAUACGAAGUGGUACCUUUAGACCUUAUCAUGAAUCAUUGCUGGGUAUUGGAUUUAAAUACCUAUUGUAAAGGUCGGCCCAUAGGAGCUCCGGAGGAACAUAUUUAUAUUUGUGAAUACAGAGUGGACAAAAGCGCUCAUUUAUUUGCCAAAAUAGCCAAACCUUAUCUUAUUUGUACUAAGACUUAUGCAUUUGAAAAAUUUGAUGUCAGAUUAAAACCUACUAGAACUUAUACCGUACAUGAGGCCAAAAGCGAGUCGCUAAAACAGAGUGAAUCAGAUGAAGAAUUGCCACUUGCUAAAAUCAAAGAAAACGUACACGCUGCAAAGAGAGAUGAACAGAAAAAAAGAUUAAAUUCGAUUCUUUUAAAAUUGUUAAGUCGAUUGCCUAAUAAACAGCCUUUGGAUUUAUCUUAUUUAUUGGAACCGGUAAAAAGAUUUCGGGGAAAGGCUCAACAACAAGGAAAACGAACAUAA